CAUUUGCAAUGGUAUGUGGGAGGUGUUUUGAAACUGGUGAACUGGGUGAACUAGUUCCGAAAAGGUAGUGAAAGCAAUCGGUUGCAUUCGUCAGCAUUGAUUAGCAGCGUCAAAAUGAUCUCCUCAAAAUUAUUCUGCGUUUUACUGUUGUUUACGAUUUACGUGCAAAAAUCAAGUACUUUUCCCCUACUUGAUUAUUUCAACUCCGAUCCGGAUGGGAAUCCAGUUGCUCGCGACGUAGAAGAAACAUCCACUGCUCUGGCGGAAAUUGCAACGGAAAGCGAUUCUCCUCGUGGCCCAUUGAUUCAAUACGAUACGGUUGUUCCGGUGUUAAAAGUCGUGUUAACACCAAUCGGACGCAUCCUGCAACCGCUGAUCGAACGAUGGAUCGCUGAUCGCUUGGGGCCUUACGUCGAAUCAAUUGGUCGCGCCAUGGAGGGCUUCUCGCGAUUCGCCACCGAGCAUGUUUCGUUCCAAACUGGGGAUACCUACUACACGAAAAGUGAUCUCAUCGACGGCUACGGAUACAACUCGCUGAUCAUUACCCUAGCUUCGGGCAGAACGUUCACCGUGCUAACGCACAAAUCCAACCGAAAGAUGAAUAUACUGGAUGAGUUCCCUCAGCUCUCGGAGGCCCUGAACGAGGUGCGGAAGCUGCAGUGAAAUGCGCGACCUAUGGCGGCUUGGUGCCGCAAAACCGAAGACUGAAUGGGGGGUAGUCAUCCGUAAUGGUAGACUAGCUGAAAUAUUUUUAUUUAUUUAUUUAUUCAAACGUGUAUCGCGAAAGCAUAAAUGAAACAGUGUACGAAUGUAGAGAGAUAGCUGAAAAUGCAUAAGCUACA